CUACGUAAGGUGGACCCCUCAGCUGUUUUGAGAGGGUUCAUAUUAUUUUUUAUUUAUUUUGUAACCAUUAGCAAUGUAGUAUGGUAGUUGUAAGAGUAUAUUCGAUUAAUUAGUAUAUCAAAGAAGACAGGGGAUCAUGCAUAAUGUAAACGGGAACUGGUAAAUUUACAGAAUAAACCCUCCCAAGGCAUUGGAAAGUUUCCCGAUAAUUGAGGCGCUCAUGGGGAGUUUUGUACUGGUGUGCCUUCGUUCCUGGAAGAGGCCAGACUAGUUGGUUAGUGUGAGGAGUGUGCUUUGCCUGUCAUCGGUAUUGCCUUGUCCCUAUCUACAGAGACACUCGGGCUGUAACUGUGUCGGCUAGAAGGGCAUUACGAGCCUGGCGGUAACGUUAGCUGAAACUUGACGCCGUCGAUCCCGGUUGUUGUUGUUCUGUGGAGUGGGUUUAUUUGAAAUUAUAUUCCGAUUACCGUCCAAAUCGGAACGAUCAGAGAAACAGAAGGCUGGGAUUAGACACAGGGGAGAAAUUGGGUGAAAGAGCGCGUGCUCUGAGCGCCGCAGAAUCGCAGUAGGCUACYUUGUAUCAAGUAGUUGUUGCUGAUAACGCAAUACAGUGUUACUUUACUGAAAUACCAGCGGGAGACGAUUCAGGAAUUUAUUGUAUUCGAAGUUUUUCGCCAAACCGUUUGCAGUUGUCAAGGACAUUUGUGUGACUGUUCCUGUGUCGUCUCUCUGCGCCCCUGUAUGUCCCCUGGCCACCCCCGGCCUAUCAUAGAGACGCUGAGCUCAGGGACUGCGCUGUUGUAGGACACCAUGGCUCUGGGUCUUCCAUCCUCCUCCAUGGGCCCUUGGUCGCGGCUGCUACUGGGACCAUUGCUGGUCCUGCUGGUGUCUGGGCUGGGCAUGGCCCUUGGUCAGAGGGUUUACACCAACACAUGGGCCGUCCACAUCGCUGGAGGACCAGACGAGGCUGACCGCAUUGCCAGUAAACAUGGCUUCGUCAACCAUGGCAAUGUAUUUGGUGACCUCUAUCACUUCCGGCACCGUUCUGUGGAGAAGAGGUCUCUGUCGGAUCACCGAGGGACGCACGUCCAUCUACAAAAAGAGCCUCAGGUGACGUGGGCAGAACAGCAGGUGGUGAAGAGUAGGAAGAAGAGGGACAUCUACACGGAGCCCUCGGACCCCAAGUUUACCCAGCAGUGGUACCUGUACAAUACUAAUCAUCGUGACCUGAAUGCUAAAGGUGCAUGGGAGCUGGGCUACACUGGGAAGGGAGUGGUGGUGUCCAUCCUGGAUGAUGGUAUAGAGAAGAACCACCCAGACCUUAUAUCAAACUAUGACCCAGACGCCAGCUAUGAUGUGAACGACGGAGAUCCAGACCCUCAGCCACGAUACACACAACUCAACGACAACCGGCAUGGGACUCGUUGUGCAGGUGAGGUGGCAGCGAUGGCCAACAAUGGGAUCUGUGGAGUCGGGGUUGCCUACAACGCCAAGAUUGGAGGAGUGCGUAUGCUGGACGGCGAGGUGACCGACGUGGUGGAGGCCCAGUCUCUCAGUCUGAACCCACAGCACAUCCACAUCUACAGUGCRAGCUGGGGSCCKGAGGAUGAUGGGAAGACGGUGGAUGGGCCCGCCAAGCUCGCCAAGGAGGCCUUUCUGCGCGGAGUGACCGAGGGUCGUGGGGGCCUGGGCUCCAUCUUUGUGUGGGCGUCAGGGAACGGCGGGCGUGAGAAGGACAGCUGUAACUGUGACGGCUACACCAACAGCAUCUACACCCUGUCCAUCAGCAGCUCCACCCAGAACGGCAAUGUGCCCUGGUACAGCGAGGCCUGRUCCUCCACCCUCGCCACAACCUACAGCUCUGGCAACCUCAACGAGAAACAGAUAGUGACAACGGACCUCAGACAGAAGUGUACUGACACCCACACAGGCACCUCCGCCUCGGCUCCACUGGCUGCUGGGAUCAUCGCCCUCGCACUGGAAGCCAAUUAAAACCUGACAUGGAGGGACAUGCAGCACUUGUCGUGGAGGACCUCUCAUCCCGCCACCUCCCACCCAACGACUGGAAUAACCAAUGGGGUCGGCCGAAAAAGCCACUCAUAUGGGUAAUGGUCUGCUUGAUGCCAGUGCGAUGUGGCCCUGGCUGAGAACUGGACCAACGUUGGGCCCCAGAAAGAAUGUGUGCUGUCCAUGGUGGCAGAGCCCAGGAACAUUGGGAGCCACCUGCUGAUCACCAAGACAGUGGACGGCUGUGUUGGGACAGCCAACCAUGUGAGCUCCCUAGAACAUGCCCAGGCCCAGCUCACCCUCUCCUACAACCGCAGGGGCAACCUGGGCAUCUACCUGACCAGCCCACAGGGUACCCGCUCCACACUGCUCGCUCCCAGGCCGCAUGACUACUCGUCAGAGGGCUUUAAUGACUGGGCUUUCAUGACCACACACUCCUGGGAUGAGGACCCCCGGGGGGAGUGGACCCUGGAGAUAAGUUCGCUCUCUCCCUCCCUCUGUCUAGGCACUCUGACUCAGUUCACCCUGGUGCUGUAUGGUACAGGCUCAGACUCUCCCAGCUCCACAGCCAAGGACCUCUCUCAGUCCAGUAACGGCAGCUGUAAGACUUUUGACCUACAGCAGAUCUGCAUUGGUAAGAAUGUUACUGUUGGUUACCAUUGGUUACUGUAAGAGAAUGUAGAUUCUGUACCUAGGGUUAGGCCACUAYGGUCUCGUAGAGCUAUGGUGUGCCCAGGCURGUUCCUGCACAGCACAAAUGCACCUAAUUAAAUCCAUCAUGGUCUAAUGGAUCAAAAGUCUGCCCCACUGUGGCUCUGCAGGCUUCAGUUACCUACCCCUACCCUAAACCUAACCAUUUAAUGAACAGGUACAUUUACACUGCACACUGUACAGGUAAGACCGGAGAGAUGAAACACUGGCUCUCCUAUCAAAAGUGUGUGGCUUGUCUCCAAAAGAUAGAUUGCGAGCUACCGGUAGAAUCAGAAAUUGUCAUGAACAUAAGGCUACCGGUUACUAUCCAAUCAGACACAUUGACAUUAUCCCACCCCUGGUUUGCCACUGUUGACUAAAAAGCCAAACGUAACACAAUAUCUGGCAAUUAAAUUCUCGCAAUAUUGCCUGUUUGGUGGACGCGUUUGUCUAAUGAUAACCGGCGUCUUGUGGGUAGACAGAAGGACUUUCCCCAUAAACCUUUUCAARUAAAUGUGAACAAACAUUUAACCUCACAGAACUAGGCUAUYUCAUGAUUAUUUGUAUCAAUUGGGUGGCCAUUGCUUUGCAAACUCUGCCAUGACAUGUUCUACAGARCUCAAAAAUGGUCUUCUGAUGUGGUUUAAGCAUUGACAUGGACUCCAUUUUCGUUGUUUCUUUAUGAAUAAUUGUUAUAUUGAGAGUWAAAAAUACAAUUAAACAGAGAUCUGAAUUUGUGAAAAUACACAUUGUAUGAGGCCUGUCAUGCCAAAUACUGUUUAUUAACCAUUAUAUUACCCGGAUAUAUUGACAGAAAGCACAAAUAUUGUUCACUAAGGAUCCGGGGAAGAGUUGCAGGGUAGAGGAGAACAAAAUAAUGUGCCUAUUUGAAAAAUAAAAAAA